AUGCCGGAGAACGGCUCCUUGGCCAACUGCUGCGAGGCGGGCGGCCGGGCCGAGAGCCCCCGCUGGACUGGCGCGGGCGGCGCGCGGUCCUCCGGGGCGCCCCGGCCUCCCUGGGUGGCGCCCGCGCUGUCCGCGGUGCUCGUCGUCACCACCGCCGUGGACAUCGUGGGCAACCUCCUGGUCAUCCUCUCGGUGCUCGGCAACCGCAGGCUCCGGAACGCAGGUAACCUGUUCCUGGUGAGUCUGGCAUUCGCUGACCUGGCCGUAGCCUUGUACCCCUACCCGCUGACCCUCGUGGCCAUCUUCCAUGACGGCUGGGCCCUGGGGGAGGCGCACUGCAAGGCCAGCGCCUUCGUGAUGGGCCUGAGUGUGGUCGGCUCCGUCUUCAACAUCACCGCCAUCGCCGUCGACCGCUACUGCUACGUCUGCCGCAGCGUGACCUACCACCGCCUCUGCCACCGCCGGCAUGCCGCCCUCUACGUCGGCCUUGUCUGGCUGCUCACCCUGCUGGUCCUGUUGCCCAACUUCUUUGUGGGGUCCCUGGAGUACGACCCGCGCGUCUACUCGUGCACCUUCGCGCAGACGGCCAGCGCCGGGUACACGGCGGCCGUGGUGCUGGUGCACUUCCUGCUGCCCGUGGCCGUCGUGUGCUUCUGCUACCUGCACAUCUGGGUGCUGGUGCUGCGCGCCCGCAGGAAGGUCAAGGCGGAGAGCAAGCCGCGCCCGUGGGCCGGUCGCGUGCGGAGCUUUCUGAGCAUGUUCGUGGUCUUUGUGAUCUUCGCCAUCUGCUGGGCGCCGCUGAACUGCAUAGGCCUCGCCGUGGCCAUUGACCCGGAAGAAGUGGCUCCCCGGGUCCCAGAGGGGCUGUUCGUCUCUAGCUACUUCCUGGCCUAUUUCAACAGCUGCCUGAAUGCCAUCGUCUAUGGGCUCCUGAACCAGAACUUCCGCAGGGAAUAUAAGAGGAUCAUCUCUGCCCUCUGGAACCCGCGGCGCUGCCUGCAGGACUCUUCCAAGGGCAGCCAGGCUGAGGGCCCGGGCAGCCAGCCUACCCCCGCUGAUAGCGCCCGGGCCCCUGUGCAGGCAGAUAAUCUCCCACCUGAUGCCCGGCCGGGCGACACACUCAGGAAAUGA